AUGGCUAAUGGUGACUUUCUGUAUGCACUACCACUGCCUAUUUCCUCACAUAUUCUGCCUUCUUCGCGAAAGAAGAGGAAAAGAGAUCUUGUUCUGGACGAUGAGGCAUUUUCACAGGAUGAUCUAAUCACUGAGAACACAGAAUACUCAGCUGUCGUGACGCCUGACGAGAGACAACAACGAAGACUUGCUGGCCAGGACGUUUCUAGACCACCUCCAGACUUCCCGUUUCCUCAUGCUCCUCAACCGAAACCACGUGAAAGAGAUGACGAGCAAUCCAAUACUGCGACCUUUUCCAAUGGCAAAGCUCACUCCCUUCGACUACAACACCUUGCGACCAUGACUGCCCUGCUACACAAGUGCCUUGCCGCAAGGGACUAUCAGCGAGCUUCACGUGCUCUAGCUCUGAUCCUCCGGACCGAAAUUGGCGGAAGGACUAUUGAUCUACGGCAUACUAGUUUGUGGGCUAUUGGUGCUGAGGUUCUUCUACGGACCCCGGAUCACGCACAACCUGGGUUGAUUUCAAGGGAGGGUUUUGAGAGGGCAAAGUUGUUCUACGACAAGAUGGCAUUACAGCACCCCUGGCACAGGUCCUGGCCCAAUGUCGUCAAUGCCCAAGACUUCAGGCUCGCCAUGUUCAGCUUGUGGAUAUAUGUGGUGUGCCAGCAGAGUAAACACCUACAGGUUGAUGAACACAAGGAUACACUCUUAGUUCAGGAAAUGAUGGCUAAAGAGCUAGAGGUCAAAAGGUGGGAACUUUGCGAGGCCGAGAGAAUCGCCCGCGAAAUGGACACGUUGCUGGGUACUGUUCCUUACAUCGAUGAUCUCGAACUAAUACGCCUGAGAGGGAUGGUCGCUCUGUGGUGUGCCGACCUUCUGGAGGCUGUCGAUGCACUUGAAAUUGAACUCGAAAAGGAUUUGCCCAUGAUCGACAAGGACUUGGAACAGACUUGGUUAAACGAAACGACUGCACAGGGAGAUGACCCUACUGGACAGGUGAAUGAUAAAGUGCUGCGUGCACGCAAUCUUGCUAACACUAUGUUCGCAAGACUCCCCGAUGGCAACGAAGAAGACGCAUCACUGCUUGAUGAGCUCAAUGUCGACACGGCAGAAUUCAAUUAG